AUGGAGCAUAAUUGUCUCCCGUUCAAACGUAUACGUAACGAUUGUCGUACUCGUAGACAAAAUUCAUACUCAGCUCAGGCUUUGACGUAUGACAGUUAUAGUGUUUUUCAAAAAUCAAACUUAAUGUGUAGCAGUAGAAUUGUAGUCCCUGGGGACCUUAUAUCCCCUUUAGACGUCAAUAAGAAAAGUGGGCCGUCGACGUACUGUUGCUCGGGGAAUAUACUGUCAAGUGCAUUUGGAUAUGUCAAGGAGGAAUCACAUACGGACGGAUCAAAAACAUUUUCAGUUGUGCCGUUGAAAACUGCUGGCAUAGUUCCUUACACCGGGUCAAUUGUGUUGGCCAAAGUUUCUAGUAUUACACGAAGAUUUGUUCGCUGCGAUAUCGUCGCGAUUGGAGAAGUUUGCCUUGCCGGACCAUUCAAAGGUCUCAUAAGACGUGAGGAUAUUCGUGCUACGCAACGCGAUCAAGCAGAACCAGGCUGCUGUUUUAGGCCAGGAGAUAUUGUUCGAGCUCGUGUUAUUAAUCUCUUGGGUCCUGGAGCAUAUACCAACACUGGUUCCUUUAUGUCUAGCACUUCACCACAGACGUUAUCCACGUUGUUAACUACUCAGGCUAUAUCCUGUUCAGUGGCGGCCACCAAUGAUGCAAACAUAAGUGGCUCCAGUUCUGUUUGUCUUCUAUCUACUGCUGAGCCUGAUUUAGGCGUGGUCCUUGGUCUUGGAAGGUCUCCUGAUAACAGCUUUCUCGAACUUCUUGGCAGUACAAGUGGCUCUCCCCUUGUUCCUGUUGGAUGGACUGAGAUGCUAUGUCCUCACACACUUACUCGAUACCCUCGAAAAGUUGCUCGUGUGCCAGAUGAACUUAUUACUCAAUCUUGUUUACAGGCCGGAGUUCGAACCACGGAACUAGCCGCAAUCCUUUGUGCUACCUUUGAAAAUGUCCAGGGGACUGUAAUCGCCUAUCAGUAUCCACACAACUAUGUAUCCCCGACCCAAUUUAAGGAGAUUGGCAACGCUGUUAUCCCGCGAGCUGAAUUAGCUUUCCGGUUAGUAACAAUAGAGGCUUUUAGACACUAUGUGAUCGGCUGCCUGCAACGCAUCGAAGGUGUCCAGUAUAAGAGAAAUACAUUGCAGUUCAAUAUAUGUCUUGUCAUUAAGCCAAAAGCAACUGCUAAUCGGGAUGAUAUAUCACACUGGCAGUUCUGGGACGAUUAUUCAGCCGGCGGUUUGAGACCUAACGUCCAAGCAGCUUACGAGGCAUUAACACUAAAGAUUAAUAGAUAUUUUUAUGCUUUAGAAGAACAAUGUGGAUUUCUGUCUCGCUCAUUAGGACAUCAUGAAGGUGUAGAAAAGUGCGUAAAAUUACUCCGUCUUAAAUCAAUUUACAAACAAUUACAUGAAUCCGGAAUGUGUAUUCUUUCGUUUCCCAAUAGUGGCUCUUUGUACUUACGGUUUAGUCCUAGACAGGAUCAUGGGUCGUAUAGCAAUUUGUCAUUCGAUAUGUUUGAACUGGUGUCUGAAGAGAUUUUAAAAGAUAAUAAUGUUGAUGAUAAUGAUCGGGGAUUAGAAUUUGGUCAAAAAAUCCGACAGUUCAAUCUUCACCAUAAUAAUCAAGUUGUUUUUCCUAAUUUCAAUCCUCAAAGUGAAUCAGAGAUUACUGAUAAUUGUGUGUUUGUUUUAAUCGCUUCUCCAACUUAUCAUCGUCAGUCUAAAAUGGGUUACAAUUUGAAUGGUGGUUGGAGACCAUUGGAUGCUGUGGCUCAACGUGUUUUACCUUAUAUCAACGGUAGACGACGUUUAAUUGAAUUGGCUCAGUUAGCUCAAUUAGAUGUGGCUAUAGCUCGUUUAUGUUUAAUUGAGCUUGCUCGAAUAGGAUUAGUUCGUGCCUUACCAUAUCCUACAUUUAUAAUGCAGCUUCUUCAAGCUGAUAAGUUUUCCAAUUCAACACUUAUUCCUGGAUGGCUAGGUUUACCACGACUGGCCACUCUACUUACAGACUCCUCUCUUAGCAAAAUGUGCUUGGAAACUGUGAUAGUGUUUAAUUCAAAUCGUCAUAAACUACAAAGUUUAUGCAUUCACGAUAUUUUCCGUCUGUAUACAAUCCUUUGUGGUUCAUCCAAUUUUAGUUUAUCAUAUUUAAUUUCAGCCAAUCCACAUAUUCGAUUUAUUGAGUGUUCAUCUUACAUGAACUCAUCAUCUUCUUCUUCUACAUCAUCAUAUCAUUCCCUUCCGUUUGUAAGAUCAUCAAAACUUUGUAAUUGCCAUGCAUCUUAUCAUCAAACACAGCAUCACUGUAAAAUUAGUUUAUUAAGUCUUGUACAAUUUGGUGAAGUAAAUGGUUUAAUACGACGAAUUCAAUGUUAUCCUAUAAGUGAUAAACUAGAAUUAUCUACUGAACAACAUAUUAAAUAUCGGAUGUCAUCAUCAGUUAUGUCAUCAAAAGAAGCAAUUCCUGCAAUGAUGACAACAACUACGACAACUGUUACCACAACCAGUAGUACGAGUUCCAAUACAAAUAUGCAACAACAAUUCAUGCAAUUUCAAACUAAAAAUUCUUCAUCUGUAUUACGACAUAAUUCACGUAAAUUUACUAAAAAACCACAAAUAAUUAAUGAACAAACGUGGUCUAUUUCAAAAUCCCUACUAAUGGAUGGUCAGCAUAGUUUAGAUUCAAUCAUUACAUUUUUAUUAACGAACAAUGGUAAUACAACAAAGUAUUCUUCAUCUGGAUAUAAAGUACCAGAAUAUAUUAGUGAUUUAUUAAAUUUAUAUCGUUUUGAUGAAGAAUGUCUUACUAGACAAAUAUCUUAUUGUGAUCGUGAUUUAUCUUCGUUUAAUAGAACUAAAACUUCUAGUAGUUUCAGUUUUAGUCCUGAUGAAACUAAUUUUACCAUUCAUAAUAAUAAUAAUAAUAGUCAAACUGUUGAAGAAAUUGUUGUACAUGAUCGAAUAUGGUCUAAGCCAGAAAAUAAUAUGACAACAUUUGUAGAGCCAUUAAAUUUGGAUAAGAUAAACUUUAUAUUACCGGAUCUUUAUUGGAUGUGGCGUUGA